UUAUGAAGCGAACCAUUAGAAGUGGUGCAAAAGGUUGCCGCCAAACAUACACAAACAAGGUGAAAUAUGACCCAAAUAAAUACAAGCUAGAAAAAGAGAAAAUACCCGAGGGCAUCCUUGUUUCAAUGACUAAGCUUUGUUGUCGUCGGUGCUGUGAAAUAAUUCAAUGGAAAGCCGAUUAUGGGAAGUAUAGACCCUUAGAACGUGCAAGGAAGUGCAAUAUAUGUGGAAAGAAGUCUGUAGUGCUAGCUUUUCACCGUAUUUGUCAAGAGUGCUCAUGUUCCCAAAUUCUUUGUGCCAAAUGCCAAAAAAAUCCGCAAGAUACGGGUGUAUAUCAAGGUGGAAAUAAUUCUGAAGAAUCUGAAUUCUCUUUACCGCAAGAGUUAUCCCCAGAAGAUGAUAGUAAAUACGCCUUCUUGAAGGAGUCUGAGUUUGAAGAGCUCAAAUACUUAAAGGGACUUGAUGUCCGUCUAUUAGAGCAGGAUAUAAUUCGAAGAGGUCAUAAUCAAAAAGCGGAUGAGGUUAAAAAAUUAAAGGAUUGCAAGAGAACAGUUCCUCGAAACGUAUCUUGCUGUAAAAUCGAUGAAGAAAGUGAAUACGAUUCAAGCAAAGAUGAGUAUUUAUAA